AUGCCACCUUUCUCCCUACCAUCUGCCGGAGGCGUCGUUUCUUUGCUCAACGACCGUGCUCCACCCCCGUACAAGACCGAGCAAACGCCAUCGUUCUCGGAUCCAUCGUACCACCACCAUCAUCCACGACACCGUCACCCCUCCCACUCAAGUAUGUCCCGUUCUGCCUACGACUCUAUCUCAUCGUCAACAGAAUCUCUCCUACGCAGUGGCGACCGUUCCACUGCUUCUACUUCUCCGCCUACUUCGGUAGAUCUUGGCUCGUACGACAGUAGGUCGUCGUCCAAGCUCAGGUCGGCCCACGCCGAGCCCAUACGACUGCCGCGCAUCGAAGCGCCGCGUGACUUCCCCGAACCCCACCGUGGUCUGCAGGGACACAAGGUGCUCCGCGGCAAUCACAUCUCCUCCGAACCUCAGGGCUUCGGUGCACGUCCGGGAGAGCCGCUGCCUCCCUCUGUUACGGGCGUCUUCCCUCCAGGUCAGUGGGAGCGAUCCGGCGCUUACCUCGACCCUCACGACUACAGUCGGCGCUCCUCGAGCAGCAGCUCCGACAGCACGUAUCACUACGACCGCGCUAUGCCCUACGGCGACGCAAGCAUGGCCAAACGAACCGCAAAGGAUAGCGGCUCCGGUGCCAUCACCGUCGGCGGCAAGAAGCGCUACCCUUGCCAGCACCCCGGCUGCGACAAGACCUUCUCCACCAGCGGCCACGCUGCUCGUCACAAUCGCAUCCACACGGGUCAGAAGCCCUACCGUUGCACCUUCCCCGGAUGCAAGGCCCGGUUCUCGCGCCAGGACAACAGCCUGCAGCACUACCGCACCCACAUUCUCCAUCCCAAGGGACGCGCUUCCCAGUCGGUGCAAGCUCGCGACGCGGCAGCCCAGCUCGAACUCGACCACCUCGACCUCGAUGCUGCCGAUGCUGAGGCCGAGGCCAAGGCUGAGCUCGGCCGACGCGCGCUCGAGGAUGGCACCGCCAUCGCCGUGGUCCACGAAGUCAAGGACCAGCACGGUCGCAAGAAAGGCGAGACCAUCGAGAGGAUGGUCGGCAUGCCUCGAGGACAACGCGAUUCGCUGCGUGGCGGUGGCCUCGACGGCGAAGACGAAAGUGAGUCGCCUUCGUCGAUGGACGACGGCCGACUGAAGCGCGAAUCCAGCUUGCCCGGUGUCGGCUUGGACGGCGUGGCCGGACACUACGAGGCUCCCGCUGACUACUGGACGACGCAGAUGGCCAAGCAAGGUCGUCUUUCGCUGCCCCAAACCGGUGUGUCGUACGAUCCUCGCUACCGCGACCCGGCUCCACCGGCGCCUUACGCCCGUGAUGCCAGCAUGAACGGCAUGGGCUUCCCUGGAUCUGCCCCUCCCGUCGCGUGGAGUCAGCAGGCUCCUGCUCCUUACAUCGACCCUCGCUUCACCCCUGGCUACCCUCGUUCUGCCGCCGUGUCGGUCUCGCCGCAUCGACGAGACAUGUACUCGGCCACGUUGGAUCCAGAGCUGGCCGGCGCAGAGAGGUCGUACGAGUCGCCUGCCGACUACCACCGUCGAAGCACGUCUACGAGCAGCAGUCAGCGCGAUCGCGUGCCGCCUAGCGUUGCUGCCCUGCCGCCGCCUGGCUCCUCCGCGCGUCUGCCUCUGACCGCGCACGCCGCCUCGGCUCCCGUUUCCGUGGUUCCUUCGGCACGGUCUUCGCAGAGUCCUAAGUCGAGCCCCACUUCGAGCGCCUACUCCGUGCCCGAGGGGAUCGCAGCCUCGGGUCUCGACUCGCUCUCGGCCGCCGCAGCGUCGUCGAGCCCAGCAGCCACCACCUCGCUCUCGGCACGCGGUCGACUCGGCGGCGGUGUCAACGGAUCCUCGUCCGCCAGUGCCUCCUCCACACCGGCCUACCAACAUCCCUACAGCUCGGACCGAUCUACCAACUACGCCUCUUCCUCCCUGCCACCCAUCUCGUCUGCACGCGAUCAGGGCGGCGAAGACACCUUGGAUCUGGAUCGCAAGACCAUGUCGUCCAGCCUGAGGAGCGGCCUCGCUCCCGCGGCUGCGACGGAUCCCAAACUCACCCUGCCGCCCUUGAACUCUGCUGCUAGACGGUGGUAG